CACAGACCGCUGUGCACAGGCUUUGGCGAAAGAACAAGUAGCGAUUCAGAGGGAAAGACGACCUGCUGACGCCCCGAGACACGAAAGAUGUCGUUCGCCAGCGAUAAACUGUACAACGGCUUCUUGAGGCGGAAGAUGCCUUUCCUGGCGAGCAACGUCAAAACGAGAGAAAUUGUGCCCCACCUGCCUUGCCUGACUCAGACUGACAGGGAGGAAAUAGAGGCGAAAAGAGACAGUAGCGGGAAUUACACUGGCAUGCAGACACUCCUGGACUGUCUGCGGAAGAGGCAGAACUGGCCGGAGGAAUUCAUCACAGCGCUGGAGGCAUGCGAGCAUACCGAUAUAGCCGCUGAGAUCAGAGCCGAGUACAACUCUCUGAAAGGCUCCAACAAUCCCAAACCACCGUCUCCUCCGACCACCGUCAUCAAGGCACAUGUCCAUCCAGCACCUCCUGCCGCUCGCCCGGUGGCCACUCCAGAGCAGAAUGGCAACACUCAAGCUGCUGUUUCUCCCCCAUCUGAGGCACCAGCUCCUCCGCAACCCACCUCCCAGGCCUCACCCCCUCCAAAAGCCACUGUGCAGCCAGAAGCACAUCCAAGCCCGGCCACUGAAGCUCCCAAGGCUGCAUCCUCCUCAGAACCUCCACCGUCACUCCAAACCUCUCCAUCAACACCUCCUCCUUCUCCUGAAACCCAAAGCCGUCAGGCCGCCACACCACCACCGACACAAAAAGGGAUUAACGCUCACAUGGAGCCAGAGGAAAACUCGGAGGUGGAUCUCCAGCAGGGCUCCGGUGACCAGGAUCCAAUUUCUGACAAAGCAAACGCAGCAGACAGAGAGGUGUCGGGGCUCAACUCUGAGGUGACCACUGAUGCAGGACCUCCCGUCCAGCAGGGUGACAGAGCUGCUCCAUCCUCGCCUCAUCCUGUCCAAACGGCAACCAGAGAAGACAGAGCACCACAGAGUCCGGCUCCUGCUCAGGCAAGCCCGGCUAAGACAGUUGGAGCUGCUUUCACCAUGAGCACCCCAGAGAGGUCACCAGUCCAGGAAACAGUCCCACCUGUGGACAAAGUAGUUCCUGCUGUCCUGCAGCCUGAAGAAAUGUCUGAUCCCACGGCCGCACAGGCCAUCAACAACACUCAGCAGACAGAAAGCAGACGCACACCCUCCCCAGCGGCUGGUGCUGACAGGACGGCCGCCGCUCUCAUCGAUGACGACGUGUGCCUGAGCAAGCCUGGCCAACUGCUCAGCGUCGCACCAAAUCUUCACAGUCCCACCAUCCUUGCACCCAAUUCCCAACAGCAACCCUACUCAGGGAACAGUGACCGUCUCGAAAUAAGUGAGCCUCAGCUGCCAUGCCAAGAGAACGGCGUGGCGGCGGAGCCCCUGCACCACAACGAACCGGAGGAGAACCACUACGAGUCCGUCUGCCAGAGCUCCUUGGGGGAGCAGGAGGUGCUGGUGAACGUGGUUCAGGUGGCCGAGGAGCCGUCCAUCCAGAAUCAAGACGGCCAAAUCUUCAGACCAUCCGCUCAAAUCCUCAACGGCCAGGCCACCACAAAACCCGGUUCUGCACCACCACCUGGUGGCCCCUCCGGCGACAACUGCCACCUCGCUGCGUCUGCACUGCAUGAGUCAGAGGUCAAGACGUCUCCCACCAGCAUGUCAGAUAAUACAAAGUACUAUCUGACAGCUGCCGGGGUGGGUGUCUGUGCACUGAUGAUGGCGUGGAAGUUCAAGAAGUAAGGGGAUUUUACUGCUUAAAAGGAAGGCAAGAUUAUGUUUUAAGGCUUCUGAAAGAGGAUAAUAAGGGUGCAAUGCCUUAUCGUGGUCACUGGACUGUGACGGCGUGAGGUAGCUGUUAAAUAUUUACCCAUAGUUAUAGCUAACUUUCCAGAACUUUGAUUAUGUAAUUGAUUAUCAGCUCAUUGUUAAGUUGGACUAUGUUUUGUCUCUUGAAUGUUGAAUAGAGAUGGCCCUACAGUGAGCAAAGACCAAAAACACAUGCUUUUUUAUUUUAGUUCACUUGAGGAACUUGUUGAAACUGGGUUAAGAUCUCAGGUCAUGUAUGUACUUGCUGCACAUGUGUAGUUUGUACACUGGUACUGUGUAUUGAUGAUAGCACUAUUUAUGUGUCCACUUGUCUGAUAAGCACUUUCUCGAUAAGGCUGUAGGCUCCAGCAAAGGACUCCUAUCAAGGCCACGAAAUUCACUGGAUGUGCACUGUGAAAGAAAAAUUAACCACAUAGCACGCCAUAAUUUAGCUUCCCUGUGGUUAGUUGAAAUUGGGCCUAGAGGUAAUAGCUAAUGCACUGUUUGUAUUUAUUUGUAUAUAAAUGUAUUCAUAAUAAUGCCUACAAAAGUGAUAUAUCUGCGAUAUUUUCAAGCUUUGUCAUGUUAUUCCAAAUUAUAAUCAGAACAUUCAUUAAGAACCAAUCAGACAAAUAUUGUAUAAUUUCAUUUAAAAUUCUGCAGAAUUAUUCAAAUUAUUUUAUAGAAAUGUCUGGUUAUUAUCCGAUGGAGAUAUUUUAGAUGUGUUUUUUCCAGUAAAAACCAAGGGUGUAUGUGUGAUGAGGUCUGUGAGGUGAGAGAUUAUGCAUUUUAUUGUAAACCAUUGUCUAUACAAGAAAUGUCAGAAAAUAAUAGUGUAAAUUAGGAUGUUUUGUACACAAGGAAUGUCAAGGGGGAUGUUUGGACAGCCAGUACAAGGCGCAAUGCCUUCACUGUGGUGAGUGUAAUGCUGAUUUUUAAAUCUCAAUGCUCUGUCUCUAUGCACUUGACAGUUUAAUAAAUAAAACUGAAUGAAAUUGAA